GUAUUCAUCGGGAGAGUAACGAAGCUCGACUGAUUGAAUGUUCGCACUAUGAAGAUUUCCAAAAUAGUGAGGAAGAUCUGCAUGAGGCGGAGAUGACGGUUUGGGAUGAAUCGAGGAGUGAUGAUCUCGAGGGUGUCGAUAAUGAAGAGCUGCAGUUCGACGAGCUUUUGCCGCUCGCGGAGGAGCGAAUCUAUUUG